UGUUUUUUCGUCCGAAUCAGAAAUGUUGCGUAAACGCUCGCUUUUAGUGGUUUUGUAACACCGGUUUCGGGCAGUUUUGUAACUCUGCUCAAACAAAGGCGUUUGAAUUUCCCGCAGCUGGCGGGCGGCACGUGAGCGCGGCUCUCCCCCUGAUUGGCUCCGUCGCAGCAUCAGUUUAAAGAGCCAUCGCGAGCUGCGUUUCUAUUGGCCGGCUGCGUUCUAGCGCCAAGAUUUCAAUAAAAAGGCGAGCGGACAGCAGAAGCCGCUUCAGUCUCUCCGUCUGUGUCCGCUGCUAGCUUAGAGCCUCUCGGUCUCUGUUUACACGCACUUUUAACUUCUUAACUUCUCUUUUAUUUAUCUGAACGCCAGGAAAUCAAAAUGCUUUCUGCUCGCUCUCCUCUUUCCGUCAAGAAUGAAAACGCCCUCAGCGGUCAGAUCGCCGACAUGUCGCUGGACAAAGAGAACACGCCACCGAGCCGGAACGCGACCCGCAUCCUGGCGUCUAAAACGGCGCGCAAAAUCUUCGACGGCCCUGCGCCCAAAGCCGUGAAGAAGAGCGGCGGCGAGGAGGAGGAGCCGCUGCUGAAGGAAAACCCCCGUCGCUUCGUCGUCUUCCCCAUCCAGUACCACGACAUCUGGCAGAUGUACAAGAAGGCCGAGGCCUCCUUCUGGACCGCGGAGGAGGUGGAUCUGUCCAAGGACCUGCAGCACUGGGAGUCUCUGAAGGACGAGGAGAGGUUCUUCAUCUCGCACGUGUUGGCGUUCUUCGCCGCCAGCGACGGCAUCGUCAACGAGAACCUGGUGGAGCGCUUCACACAGGAAGUGCAGGUGACGGAGGCGAGGUGUUUCUAUGGUUUCCAGAUCGCCAUGGAGAACAUCCACUCCGAGAUGUACAGCCUCCUCAUCAACACAUACAUCAAGGAGCCCGCGGAGAGAGAAUACCUCUUCAACGCCAUCGAGACUCUGCCGUGUGUGAAGAAGAAGGCCGACUGGGCGAUGGACUGGAUCGGCAACAAGAACGCCAGCUACGGAGAGCGCGUGGUGGCCUUCGCCGCCGUGGAGGGGAUCUUCUUCUCCGGAUCCUUCGCCGCGAUCUUCUGGCUGAAGAAGAGAGGCCUGAUGCCCGGCCUGACCUUCUCCAACGAGCUCAUCAGCAGAGACGAGGGUCUGCACUGUGACUUCGCCUGUCUGAUGUUCAAACACCUGGUGAACAAGCCGUCGACAGAAACCGUCACCAGCAUCAUCAAGAACGCCGUGGAGAUCGAGCAGGAGUUCCUGACGGAGGCUCUGCCGGUGAAGCUCAUCGGGAUGAACUGCGAGCUGAUGAAGCGCUACAUCGAGUUCGUAGCGGACAGACUGAUGCUGGAGCUCGGCUUCACAAAGAUCUACCGGGUGGAGAACCCCUUCGACUUCAUGGAGAACAUCUCUCUGGAGGGGAAGACCAACUUCUUUGAGAAGCGCGUGGGCGAGUACCAGAGGAUGGGCGUGAUGUCCGGCGCCACAGACAACACCUUCAGGCUGGACGCAGACUUCUGAGGCCCGCGGCCGGCCGACCCUCGCUCGGACUCGGGACUCGGUGCUCGGACUCGGCGCUGAAGUUAAAGCUGUUCGGACUGAUGCGGCGCAGAGUCUGAGUCUGUGCAGGUGGAAAUAUUCGGCUGUGCAGACAAAUGGACUUUUUGGCUGGUUGAGAUGAUAAUAAGUGAGAUUUUCGGCCAAUCAGAGCACAGACGGUAAGGGCGCCGCUGCCCGGGGAUCUGUCCACAAACCCGGCUUAUCUGGCUAACCGCUGAGCUACAUACGAAACGGAGGUUAACCAGGUGAGCCGGUCAAGUUCGGAUCAGAACCUGGUUUUGUUUUGUUUUUUCCAUUUUUCUUCUAACUUUAUAGUUUUUAUAAAAUCUACUAUAUUAGUAUGUUUUAUGUGGAAUUUGUACAGUUUAGUGUUUUGUAAUAAAGUCAAAUGUACUGUA